AUGCAGUACUACAAAGUAGAUGAAACUAAGUUUAUGUAUAAAAUUUUAACUUAUUUCUCAUUUCGUACUUGUUACUCGCAAAGAAAUUUAAUAGAUAUCAAAAUUAAACAAAAUUAUACAUCAACACGAAUCAAUGUAUUUAUAAUAACGUAUAGUUGUAUUUCAUUACGUUUCAAUGUAACAAAAAAAAAUAUUGAACGAGUAUUUCCAAAUUAUGUUAAUAUAUAUUGUUUUAAAUCUAUUCCAUUAAAUGAUUCUCGUAUUCAUACAUCACCAUCGAGCAUAUUAAAAAAACUUUCAUCAAAUUUAUUAUCAUUUAUAAAUGUAUGGACAUAUGAAAUCCCAAAAUUUUCAAAAUAUGGUGAUUUAGAAUGGUCACUUGUAUUUGAAGAUGAUGUUAAUUUUGUUGAACCAUCAAAAUUUUCCUUACCAAAUUAUAUUAAUAUAUUACAAGAUAUAAUGCAAAAUCUAGAAAUUCAACUUAAUCAUGGUGUAUUUUAUUUAGGUAUAUGUGGACCAACAUUCUCGAAGAAUAAUACUUCAUUAUUAACAAAAUUUCCAAAUAAUACUCUUUUAAGUACUAAAGGUUAUGGAUGGUGUGCACAUGGAAUGGGUUUAACAACGAAACGUGCAAAAGAGUUUUGGACACAUAUAUCAUCGUAUCGUCCGGCUCCUGAUGCUGCUGUUGAUUUUUUUCUUCGAGAAUAUUGUAUUAGAAGUAAAACGGAUUAUUAUAUUUUAGGUUCGAACUAUCAUUGGCCACCUGGAACACGACAUUACGGAAUAGCAUAUCAAGAUCGACGACGAUUUUCUACUGGAAUGUAUUAA